UAUUUUUAUUCAUUUUUGACAAUAUGGCAUUACUAUUUUGCAUUUAGUUUUAUCAGCACGUGUUUCGCGCUUAUUCAAUGCAUUUUCAUUGCAAUACUUAGAACAGCUUGAAAAAAUAUAAACAAAUGGAGCCUGGAAUUUGCUAUAUAAAAGAGGAGUAUCUCGUGCCGGAGAUUAAAAACAAUGCCGUAACGGCAAAUACUGCUGAACAGGAUAAUAAGAGAAAAUCACCAGAGGAAAAUGCUACAAAGAAUGGAAAAUCUGAGAAAUACCAAAAGACGAAUAAAAAAGAAAGAAAGCGUGGUCAAAACAAAAACCGCCCGGUAUUCAAACAAGACAGUUCACUAUUCCUGUGUCAUUCGUUAAUGAAUGGGCCGGAUUUGGAAAAAUGCACACAUGCAAACUGCCGUUAUGUGCAUGAUCUCACUGCUUAUUUAGCGUCCAAACCCGAAGGUUUAGGUGAAAAAUGUCCAGUAUUUGAUGCUUUGGGUUUUUGUACGCGUGGUGUUACAUGCCGUUUUGCUAAGGCGCAUCUGGAUGCGGAAGGACGAAAUAUUAAAUCGCCAGAUUAUGAUGAAAAUAAAGCGCGUACAAGUUUUAAUGGCAUUACAAGCGAAUUGCAGGUGCGUCUGCGUAAGCGUGAGUAUGACUUCACGCGCAGCAAACAAUUAGUCAACCAAGCAGACAAAUUGCGUGACGAGAGGAAAAAGUUGGCGAAAGACAACGACAAGCCUGCCGGGGAGACGGUUGUCGUUGAAGUUGAAAGCACUACUGUAAAUGAGGAAGCAGUGAAUCCGCUCGCUGCUGAGAAACCAAUUGGUGCCGCUGUCGAUGACGCAGAAACUGGCGGACGUGAUAAAGUACAAAAGCCACCCGUAGAUUUCGCCGAAAAACUAAUACUUUCGCCAUUAACUACCGUGGGCAAUUUACCUUUUCGACGCAUUUGCAAGCAAUUUGGUGCGGAUAUAACAUGCGGCGAAAUGGCAUGCGCUGUACCACUCGUUAAGGGACUCACACAAGAGUGGGCACUAACGAAGCGACACGAAAGCGAGGAUGUGUUCGGUGUACAGAUAUGUGGCAAUAAUCCGAAUAUAAUUGCACAAGCUGCACAGUUGUUACAAGAGACUACAAGUGUCGACUAUAUUGAUCUAAAUAUUGGUUGCCCCAUCGAAUUGAUAUAUCAACACGGCGGUGGUAGCGCGCUUAUGCGACGCACAAAUAUACUCGAAACUAUUGUGCGUUCAUGCUCAACAAUGUCGCCAAAAAUACCGUUUACGGUGAAAAUGCGUACCGGUGUUUAUGCGGACAAGAGUGUAGCGCAUGAGCUGCUACCGCUGGUGGAGGAGUGGGGUGCUGGUGCGGUGACGUUGCAUGGCCGUUCACGUGAGCAGCGUUACACCAGAAGCGCCAACUGGCAGUAUAUCGAAGAGUGCGCAGCUAAAGCGAAACAUAUACCAGUGAUAGGCAAUGGUGAUAUACUAAAUUUUGAAGACUACAAUGAGAAGCGGCAACUAGCGCCGCACGUUUCUUCUGUAAUGAUUGGACGCGGUGCCUUAAUAAAACCUUGGAUUUUCAAGGAGAUCAAAGAACAAAAACCUUGGAAUCCCACAUCCAGCGAACGUUUUGAUAUCCUACGCAACUACGUUAACUAUGGCUUGGAGCACUGGGGUUCCGAUAUGAAAGGUGUGGAGAAUACACGUCGCUUCUUGCUUGAAUGGCAAUCAUUCAUGUAUCGUUAUAUACCGUAUGAGCUAUUGGCAAAUCCACCACAGCAAAUCAAUCAGCGGCCACAAAAGUUUCGGGGACGCGAUGAAAUGGAAACAUUGAUGAGUUCACCAAAUUCGGCGGAUUGGGUACGCUUGAGUGAAAUGCUAUUGGGACCAGUGCCGAUUGGAUUUGAGUUUGUGCCAAAGCACAAAGCUAAUGCAUAUUAGUUAGUAAUAAGCUGUAGUUUUUAAAUGUGCAAGUUUUUACAACACAAGUAAGCUUGCUUUAGUGAUAUGUACAUACAUAUAUAUGUAUUAAGUUUGACAUUUGUACUUGUGUAUGGACUAUAUAAAAUUUAAAAUAGCGUGAAAUAAGUUUUCAAAAUGCUAUUUAACACUAAAGUUU